AUGCCGGUGCGGAAAGAAGAUGCUCACAGAGCUCUUGAACUCCUCGAGGAUUACCAUACAAGGCUGACUAAACCACAGGAUCGGCCUCUAAAGACUGCCAUUGAGCGUGUCAUUCGAAUCUUCAAAAGUCGCCUCUUUCAGGCUUUGCUAG